AUGGGAGCCGCUUAUGGAAAGAAGAAGGCGUACAGCAUCGAUCACGAGCCUCCGCCGAAGCAGCAGUGCGUGAAAAAUGGAAGGCACCCAAAUGGCAGAGCCUCAGCGUACGCAAACCUGCAACAGCACCAGACCGAGGGCGUCCACAGGAGGCCAGCCCCGGUGUCCAGCUACGUCCCCCGGCCGGACUACCUGGAGGAAGACGAGGACAACGACCUCAUCAAACCCAAAAAACUCGUGAAUCCCGUCAAAGCUUCAAAGAGUCACCAAGAGCUUCACCGAGAGCUGAUGAGCAGCUGCAAACGGGGGGGGGCGAGUGUGGAGAUGAAGCCGGAGCUGCAGAGAGUUCUGGAGUCGAGGAAGAGAGAUCAGCUGAUCAAACAGAGGAAACAGGAAGACGAAGCUCACAGGAAGAUUUCUCCUCUGGAGGCCGAACUGCUCAAGAGACACAAGAAGCUGGAGGAGUUGGAGAAACAGCAGGAGAAGGAGCAGGAGGAAAACCUGAAAGCUCCGGAGUUCGUCAAAGUCAAGGAAAAUCUGAGACGGACGUCGUUUCACAGUAAAGGCGAGAAGGAGGUGUAGAGACAGCUGUUGUCCUGCAGGAGACAGCAGACUGAGAACCAGACUGUCCACAUGUUUACAGGACACACUGAGGACAUGCUGAAGACAUGCUGAGGACACCCUGAGGACAGAGCAACAUUAAGGACACACUGACAACAUGCUGAGGACACUCGGAGGACAGUCUGAGGACAUGAACACACUGAGCACACUCUGGAAACACUGAGGACAUGGUAAAGGGCACUCUGAGGAUACACUGGGGACAUUCUGAGGACAAUCUGAGACACAAACAUUAUGAGGACACACUGAAGAGACACUGUCCAAAUGCUGACAGCUGGACAGAACAGUUGUGAUGUCUCUCAGGGGUCAAACACUGAACAGCUGGAUCUCUGAGCGAAUGAAUGAAUGAAGCAGGAGACCGACGAGCAGCAGCCAAUCACAUGAAACUCACCUGGAACAGAGACUGUUUGUCCUCUUCUGGGCUUUAUGGACACAUCACCUGACUUGUCACACCUGGUGGACGACUGUUGCCAUGGAAAUGAACAACAGCAUUCUGCUCAGAAGGAAGGACGGCGAUAAAGAUUUGAAAGAUUUGAUUGAUUAUUAUUCACAAAAAGAGAGAGAUUCUCUGAGAUUCUGAUCAGGGUCUUCUUGUUAUUAUGAAAUAAUUAUGUCUUAUUAUAAAAUAUACAAAUAUUCGAGCUGCAGAAGACUCUUCCAUAUGACAUUCAGAAGCUUUAAGAAAUAACUGUAUACUUCAUAUAAAAUAUAAACUUAUGAGAUUCCUCUCUGUUAAUCAAGAGUCUCUCUAAUUAUGAGUGCUAAUUAUUUAUAAAUGUGAUUAUAGAAGAAAUGAAAUUGCAGAUUAUUAAAAUUAAAUUAAAGAUAUAAGAAACACAUCUCAGUGUUUCAACUCUCAGACUAAAUGUCGUUAAAAAUGUUAAGAUUUUAUUUCAUAAAUGAUUCAUUAUUAUUUCAUAAAAGAACAGAAAUAAUCUCUAGAAAAUACAAAUGUUGAAUGUUGUAAUUAAAACAAGGCCUGUCGUUAUGACGAGACACAUAAAAAACUCUUAUUAGUUACUUUCAAAUCUCAUUACUUUUAAUUCUGAGUAGAUUCUUCGUACGUCUCUCGUAAGAUGCUAAUCAAUUUUUAAUUAUGAUUUACAGAAUUCAAAAUUACGAGAAUGUUUUUAAUACAUGAUUCAUGUCUGGAGAACCGGCGAACCCGUAAUUCAAUAUGUUCGUCGUAACUACGAGAUGUUAAACACAUUUUUGUGUCGGAGUUGUUUCUGUGAUCAGCAGAAGUGAACGUUGUGAGAACGUUUCCUCAGAUCUCGUAUCUGGGACGUGGACUGGUCGGACUUGGAGACGCCUUCGCCUCCCGUGUGUCAAACUCAUGAUGUAGAAAAUGUUGUCUGAUAGAACAAACUGUUCUUGUGCCUAAAACUGAGUGUCUGUGGAUCAAAGUUUCACUGAAUCUGCUGGAGACUCUUCAGGAAUUCACAAAAAAGGAGUCACAAAAGCACAAAACCCGAUAAUGUGAGAAAGGAAACUCAUUUUUGACAUCGUUUGUCUGCUGUAUCUCACUUUAAUCACAUUUAUAGUCACAAUGUCCAGCAGUUCUGAUGGCUGUAUCUGUAUCUUAUUAAUGACAAAGAAUUACAAUUUACAGAUGUCAUCAUUAUGAGAAGAGAACUAUCAGAAUUAUCAGAUUAUCAGUCAUUUGACUGGAGGUUUAUGGAAGUUGUAAUUAUAGUUGAAAAUAUCUCACAUGAGAUUCAAAUGUCGUUAUUACAAGAAAGGAGACGAUAAAUCCACACCUGAAGAUCCUGGAAGUCAGAAUUACACUUUACAUGAUAGAAAACUACAGAAGUCCUCAUGACCAUGUGACAGCUCCAUCCUUUGUGGUAAUUCUGAUGAAACAGAGUCGUUCCUCUGUAAACUUAAGGAACGUGGUGGAAUUAGACUUUUGUCUUUAGCUUGUUCUCAAAGCCUGACGUGAGCUCCAGACCUCUCACAGAUCUCGUUAAAGUGGAACUGAAGCCUUACGCUCGCUCAGGUGUUUAACCCUGACACUGAAAUGUACAAUCAUUGAAAUCGUUUGGAAUUUCUUGAUGAUAGAGCACUUUAGACUCUGAAGACUAGAAUCUAAACAGACUUCUUUUUAUUUGUUUGUGACCUUUUUGUGUCUUUUAAAGGGACUAUUAACACGUUCAGAUUCACAGCUGAACAAAGUUAGAACCUGUU